AUGGCGCCGACGCCCGAAGAGUUUGAGUCUUCGGUAUUGCCGGAUCGACCAUGCCUUUUGAACGACAAGUUCAAGGUCCACUCCUAUGAUGGAGGAGCGUUUAAAAGCAAGGGUCAGUACGACAUCAAGAAUGUUUUGGUUCCAUUGCUUGAGCCCUUCCAUUGCUCUUCAAGUGGAACGAAGUUCAACCUGGUCUUGAAAUGUGCCGACGACUUCACGCUGACCCACUUCUAUGUUAGUGGUCCUGGGCCUCGUUGCACAGAGCCGAUCAAGAGUGGUCUAGUUUCUCGGAAGCAAGCAGCCACGCAAGUUGAACGGCUGAAAAAGUACGACUCCAUGUGUGCCGAAGAAUUGCUUGAAAUAGUAAAAGGAUUGAGAACAUAUAGCUCCAGCGAGCAAGCCGGCAGUGUUCUUGACCCGUGCUUGUACUUCACGACGGACUCAACCUCCAGGGAGGCAGAGCUGGAGUUGCCCAAGUGGCGAGAAGGCAAGUAUGUCGUUGUGAAAUUCCUGGAUACGCACAAGGACCAAGGCAAUAUUGACGUUGGCAUUGUGGGGAUGAUCGGUUACUUCGGCAGGCAUGCCAAGAAGCAGAUUCCCCUUGGCCCAUGGAUGAAACGAACGGCCCGCCAGGUUUGGGUGCACCCAAAUGCACUGAAAAGCAUGUUUUCCUCCAGUGGAUGGGUGUGUGAUGGUCGCGAUUUCACUGGAGGUUGCCGCAGCGGUCAGACAGAUUUUCACCAAACGAACGUCUAUACAGUCACUUUUCGGUGCACCACGAGUGGCUUUGAUCUCUGUGAGAAGUGUGCGUACGAUCCAACUCUGGGACAGGUCAAUGAAUCUUCGAUUCGAUCUGAUCUGGAGGCCCUUACUGACCCCUCGCUCUGCAAGCUUGGUGCCACUCGCUUGAGGAAUCUCUGGCGGCGAAACUGGGCCGAAGCACUGCCCAGGCUUGGGAUCUUUGACAUCCUUUGA